AUGCCUUCGGUCGUCUCCAGUUCUUCCGGACCGGCUACAAUACAUGAUUUGCCUGGAUUUACCACUCAGGUGACUACGGUGAACGAGGUCGCACCCUUUACACCGGUCGAUUCACCCGAGAAACGUCUAACAGCUCCCGAAAUCCCCUUCGCCAAUCUGGAGAAAAUGCGACGUUUCGCUGAAGAUCUUGCGAACUCCGACGCAGUUGCCUCCAACAGUUUAGCCUUACUAGGUUUUCUCGUGGAAGUCUAUACAGACAGUUUGCAAACCAGAAUCCAGAAAGAGAAACGGAAAGAACAGUGCACUGUGCCAACUAAAUUUACCGCGGGCUCUAAUGUGCAGAAGACCUCAGAAGAAACUAAGCUUGGGCCUGAUGGACAACCAGUCGUGCAGGAAUCGCUUUCCGAUCUACUGGAAUUAGCUUUAUCUACCUGUGACCGAUUGGCUACAGAAGUCGAUCGAAUUCGUGCGAACUACUGGCGUUAUCGUGCCCGUCAACUGGUUGCCAUUGGUCAAGAAGCCGGUCUUGAAGGGUGA